GAGUCUCGCGCUGUCGGUGGGAGCAGUCCGCGCGCGCACGGAGCCGCUGUGAUGGAUUUAACGGACGGCAGCGCUGAGACGUGAUCCUCUGCUGACCCACUUCCACGCACACCUGCCUGCCGCGGACUUUGUGGCCUUCGUGAGUUAAAGCAGGUGUGGUCAGUGCUGUGGAAUCAUGUCAGACAAGCUGUCCAGCUUCCUCCACAUUGGGGACAUUUGUUCCCUGUAUGCAGAGGGCUCCACCAGUGGAUUUAUCAGCACCUUGGGGCUUGUGGAUGACCGCUGUGUGGUGCAGCCGGAUACAGGUGACCUCAGCAACCCGCCGAAGAAAUUCAGAGACUGCCUUUUCAAGCUAUGUCCUAUGAACAGAUACUCAGCACAGAAACAGUUUUGGAAGGCAGCAAAACCUGGAGGGAACAGCACUACUGACUCUGUCCUCCUCAACAAACUCCAUCAUGCUGCAGACCUGGAGAAGAAACAGAAUGAGUCUGAAAACCGCAAGCUUUUGGGGACAGUCAUCCAGUAUGGAAAUGUCAUUCAGCUGCUGCACUUGAAAAGCAAUAAAUACCUGACAGUGAACAAGCGUCUCCCUGCACUGUUGGAGAAGAACGCCAUGAGAGUGACUCUGGAUUCAGCUGGAAACGAAGGGUCUUGGUUCUACAUUCAACCAUUCUACAAACUCCGAUCCCUUGGAGACAGUGUGGUAAUUGGAGACAAAGUAGUCCUUAACCCUGUGAAUGCAGGACAACCUCUGCAUGCCAGCAACCACCAGCUAGUUGACAACCCAGGAUGUAAUGAGGUUAAUUCUGUAAACUGCAACACAAGUUGGAAAGUUGUUCUAUUUAUGAAAUGGAGUGAUAACAAGGAGACAAUUCUCAAAGGGGGUGAUGUAGUCCGGCUGUUCCAUGCAGAGCAGGAGAAGUUCCUCACCUGUGAUGACCACAAGAAGAAGCAAUAUGUUUUUCUUAGAACAACAGGCCGGCAGUCCGCCACGUCUGCCACCAGCAGCAAAGCACUGUGGGAAGUUGAGGUAGUUCAUCAUGACCCUUGUCGGGGGGGUGCAGGCUACUGGAACAGCCUGUUCAGGUUUAAACACCUGGCUACUGGGUGCUACUUGGCUGCUGAGAUGGAGGAGGUCAGUGCAGACUUUGAGGAGGAGAGCGCUGACCAGCGGCCCUCCCUGGAUGCAGAUAAUGAAGCUUUGCGAGGUCGACUGCGGAUCCCGCAGGAGAAAAUCAUGUGCACGCUGGUUCCCGUUCCAGAUGGCAUGGAUAUCUCCUCCAUUUUUGAGCUGGACCCUACGACUCUGAGAGGCAGUGAUUCCAUUGUUCCCAGGAGUUCCUAUGUGCGCCUGAAACACUUGUGUACCAACACAUGGGUUCACAGUACCAACAACCCCAUUGACAAAGAGGAAGAGAAGCCUGUCAUGUUACAAAUUGGAACAUCAGCAGUGAAAGAAGACAAGGAAGCGUUUGCCAUUGUCCCAGUGCCACCAGCAGAGGUGCGAGAUUUAGACUUUGCCAAUGACGCCAGUAAAGUAUUGGCGUCAAUUGCUGGAAAACUGGAAAAGGGUACUAUAACACAAAAUGAAAGGAGGUUUGUGACCAAACUCCUGGAGGAUCUAGUGUUCUUUGUGGUGGACAUUCCUAAUAGUGGCCAGGAUGUUUUGGACGUAAUGGUGAAUAAGCCUAACAGAGAAAGACAGAAACUAAUGAGAGAGCAGAAUAUUCUUAAACAGAUUUUCAAACUUCUCCAAGCCCCCUUCACAGACAGCGGUGAUGGUCCCAUGCUGCGACUAGAAGAGCUUGGAGACCAGCGGCAUGCCCCUUUUCGACAUAUUUGCAGACUGUGCUACAGAGUUUUACGCCACUCUCAGCAGGAUUACAGGAAGAACCAGGAAUACAUAGCCAAGCAGUUUCGCUUCAUGCAGAAGCAGAUAGGAUAUGAUGUUUUGGCAGAAGACACAAUCACAGCUUUGCUUCAUAACAACCGGAAGCUGCUGGAGAAGCACAUCACUGCUGCUGAGAUAGACACAUUCGUCACUCUUGUGAGAAAGAACCGGGAGCCAAGGUUUCUGGACUACCUGUCUGAUCUUUGUGUGUCCAUGAGUAAGUCUAUACCAGUAACACAAGAGCUCAUCUGCAAUGCAGUACUCGAUCCAUCCAAUGCUGACAUCCUGAUUGAAACCAAACUCGUUCUGUCCAGAUUUGAGAUAGAGACUGUGCCAAAUGGUGAGAAUCCAGUGGAGGCAGAGGAUGAGGAGGAGGUCUGGUUAUUCUGGAAAGAAAACUGUAAGGAGAUCCAUAGUAAGAGCGUCAGAGAGUUGGCCCAGGAUGCAAAAGAGGGACAGAAAGAGGACCAAGAGGUGAUCAGCUACUACAGAUGCCAGCUGAACCUUUUUGCCCGGAUGUGUCUGGACCGCCAGUACCUUGCCAUUAAUAAGAUCUCUGGACAGCUGGACGUGGACUUGAUCCUGCACUGUAUGUCUGAUGAGGACCUGCUCUAUGACCUCCGGGCUUCUUUCUGUCGGCUAAUGCUGCACUUGCAUGUGGACCGUGAUCCCCAGGAGCAGGUCACACCUGUCAAAUACGCCCGUUUAUGGUCAGAGAUUCCGCUAAAGAUUUCUAUUGAUGACUAUGAUAAUGAUGGUACCAGCAGAGAUGAGGUCAAAGAGCGCUUCUCCCUCACUAUGGAUGUUGUGGAAACCUACCUGAGAGAGGUGGUGUCACAGAACAUGCCCUUCUCCGAUAAGGAGAAAAACAAGCUUACCUUUGAGGUCGUGAACCUUGCAAGGAACCUUAUCUAUUUUGGUUUCUACAGCUUCAGUGAUUUACUACGCCUGACAAAGAUAUUAUUGAACAUUUUAGACUGUAUCCAUGUCAGUAUCAUAUACCCCAUCAACAAGGCAGAGAAGGGAGACGAAAACAAAGCUAGCAGUAAUGUGAUGAAGUCCUUUCAUGGAGUGGGUGAGCUGAUGACCCAGGUAGUACUCCGAGGAGGUGGCUUACUGCCCACCACACCCACUCAACAGCCUGAAGGAGACAUAGUAAAAACCCAAACUGAACCAGAGAGAGAAGAUAUCAUGGUCAUGGACACCAAGCUCAAAAUCAUAGAGAUUUUGCAGUUCAUUUUGAAUGUGCGACUCGACUACAGGAUCUCCUGCCUGCUAUGUAUUUUUAAACGGGAGUUUGAUAAGAGCAACCAACAAGCAGAGCCUUUCAGCCAGAAUGGAAUGAAUAACAUCUCAGGUCAAAUUCCACAAAUGCCAGGAAACCUGGACUUUGAGAACAUUGAGGAGCAAGCAGAGGGGAUCUUUGGAGGAGGUGAAGAUAACACUCCGCUCGACCUUGAUGACCACGGUGGCCGCACCUUUCUCAGGGUCCUGCUGCACCUAACCAUGCACGACUAUCCCCCGCUUGUAUCUGGUGCUCUUCACCUUCUCUUCAGACACUUCAGCCAGAGACAGGAGGUCCUUGUGGCCUUCAAACAAGUCCAGCUGUUGGUGACCAGCCAGGAUGUGGAAAAUUACAAGCAGAUCAAGUGUGAUCUGGACCAGCUACGUUCUAUCGUGGAGAAGUCUGAGCUGUGGGUUUACAAACGGCAAGAAGAAGUGAUGGCGGAUGGUGAUGGACCUUCAGAGUCUGACAACAAAAUAAAGGUAGAGUCACUCGGUUCAGAUCGAUACAAGACAGAAAGCAUGAGCAGUUACAACUACAGAGUUGUCAAAGAGAUCUUACUACGUCUCAGUAAGUUGUGUAUCCAAGAAAGAAGCUCAGGGAAGAAAAACAAAAAACAGCAGCAGAGGUUACUGAGGAACAUGGGAGCUCAUAGUGUGGUGCUGGAACUCCUGCAAAUCCCUUAUGAGAAGGAAGAGGAUAUACGCAUGCAGGAGAUCAUGAAACUUGCUCAUGAGUUUCUACAGAAUUUUUGUGCGGGGAACCAGCAGAACCAGGCUCUACUCCACAAACAUAUCAACUUGUUUCUUAAUCCAGGGAUAUUAGAGGCAGUCACCAUGCAGCAUAUCUUUAUGAAUAAUUUCCAACUCUGCAGUGAGAUCAGUGAACGCGUGGUCCAGCACUUUGUCCACUGUAUUGAAACUCAUGGUCGGCACGUCGAGUGUCUCAAGUUCCUGCAGACCAUUGUCAAGGCUGAGAACAAGUUCAUCAAGAAGUGCCAGGACAUAGUCAUGGCUGAGUUGGUGAACUCAGGCGAAGAUGUCCUGGUCUUCUACAAUGACCGUGCAUCUUUCCAGACUCUCGUUCAGAUGAUGCGUUCAGAACGGGAUCGCAUGGAUGUAAACAGCCCUCUAAUGUACCACAUCCACCUCGUUGAAUUGCUAGCUGUCUGUACUGAAGGCAAGAAUGUCUACACAGAGAUCAAGUGCAACUCCCUACUGCCUCUGGAUGAUAUUGUGAGGGUUGUUACCCAUGAAGACUGCAUCCCAGAGGUGAAGAUUGCCUAUAUCAACUUCUUGAACCACUGCUAUGUGGACACAGAGGUGGAGAUGAAGGAGAUUUAUACAUCCAAUCAUAUGUGGAAGUUGUUUGAGAAUUUCCUGGUGGAUAUUUGCAGGGUGUGCAACAGUACCAGUGACAGGAAGCAUGCCGACACCAUGCUGGAGCGUUACGUAACUGACACCAUCAUGAGCAUUGUCACAUGUUUCUUCAGCUCACCUUUCUCUGACCAAAGCACAAGUCUGCAGACUCGUCAGCCAGUAUUUGUCCAGCUGCUACAGGGGGUGUUCAGGGUGUAUCACUGUAACUGGCUGAACCCUCUUCAGAAGGCCUCAGUUGAAGCUUGCAUUAAAGUACUCUCUGACGUGGCUAAGAGCAGAGCCAUUGCCAUCCCUGUGGACCUGGACAGUCAGGUGAACAACCUGUUUGUCAAGUCAAACAAUGUUGUGCAGAAGAGCAUCCUGAACUGGAGAUUGUCUGCCAAAAACACAUCGAGACGAGACUCUUUGCUGACGACCUCCAAAGACUAUCGAAACAUCAUAGAGAGGCUUCAGGACAUAGUGUCAGCUUUAGAGGAUCGUCUCAGGCCAUUGGUCCAGGCCGAGCUCUCAGUCCUGGUAGAUGUACUGCAUCGUCCAGAAUUGCUUUUCCCCGAGAACACAGAUGCUCGGAAGAAAUGUGAAAGCGGAGGAUUCAUAUCAAAACUGAUCAAACAUACAAAGCACUUGCUGGAGGAGAAUGAGGAGCGCCUGUGCAUCAAAGUGCUGCAGACGCUGAGGGAGAUGAUGUCCAAAGACCGUGGCUACGGGGAAAAGCUGCUUCCCUUUGAUGAUGAAAUGGAUGUGGCUGAGCUGACAUCCCCGCCUGAGCUUGACGUCCCUGCUGAGGAGCUUGAUCCCAACCAUCCACAGAAGCACCUGGAGGAUCAGCGAAGGGGAGAAGCCCUGCGGCAGAUCUUGGUCAAUCGAUACUAUGGAAAUGUCAAAACAGGUGUGAGGAGAGACAGUAUCACAACUUUCAACAAUAGUCCGCUCACUGCUGCAGCACCUGGGAAAACCCCUGUAGUUGUUAGCUCUGGGAUCGGGGGUCGAGGAGAUCUCAGUUUGGCAGAGGUACAGUGUCACCUUGACAGGGAAGGGGCUUCUGAUCUGGUUAUUGACCUCAUCAUGAACGCGACUACUGACCGCAUCUUCCAAGAAAGCAUAUUAUUGGCCAUUGCGCUGCUGGAGGGUGGUAACACCGUCAUCCAGCGUUCAUUCUACCAACGUUUAACGGGAGACAACAAGUCUGAGAAAUUCUUCAAGGUAUUUUAUGAGCGCAUGAAGCUGGCCCAGCAGGAAAUCAAAGCCACGGUGACGGUAAACACCAGCGACCUGGGCAGCAAAAAGAAAGAGGAGGAGCUAUCUGAUAAAGAUGCACCAGCACGCAAGAAAGUCAACGAUGUAGCCCUGGUGGCUGAAGUGACUGAAGAGGUGAAGGAGCAACUUAUAGAAGCCUCCGCUGUCACCAAGAAGGCCUUCAUGACCUAUCGACAGGAGGCUGAAUCUGAAGACCACCACACAGCCACAGAUUGUUCUCCUGGGCCUACAACUGACAAGGGUCAGGAGGAAGGUGAAAUGAGUGGCAUCAUCACAAUCAUGCAACCAAUCCUUCGUCUCAUGCAGCUGCUCUGUGAGAACCACAACAGGGAUCUCCAGAACUUUUUACGCAACCAGAAUAACAAGAACAACUAUAACCUGGUGUGUGAGACCCUGCAGUUCCUAGACUGUAUCUGUGGGAGCACAACAGGGGGACUAGGGCUCCUGGGACUCUACAUCAAUGAGAAAAAUGUAGGACUCAUUAACCAGACUGUGGAGAGCCUGACUGAGUACUGCCAAGGUCCCUGCCACGAGAACCAGAACUGCAUUGCCACUCAUGAGUGUAACGGUAUUGACAUCAUUAUCGCCCUCAUCCUCAACGACAUCAACCCUUUGGGCAAGAAGAGGAUGGACCUGGUGCUGGAACUCAAAAAUAAUGCUUCAAAGCUUCUUCUCGCAAUUAUGGAGAGUCGCCAUGACAAUGAGAAUGCUGAGAGGAUACUCUACAAUAUGAGGCCUAAAGAGCUGGUGGAAGUGAUCAAAAAGGCAUACAUGCAAGGAGAAAUAGAGGUGGAGGAACCACAAGAUGAUGGGAAUGGAGAGGAGGAGCACUGUGCCUCUCCACGCAAUGUUGGCCAUAAUAUUUAUAUCCUGGCACAUCAAUUGGCUCGUCACAACAAGGAGCUACAAGCGAUGCUGAAGCCAGGUGGGACCUAUGGAGAGGGUGAUGAGGCCCUGCAGUUCUAUGCCAAGCACACAGCUCAGAUUGAGAUUGUACGGCUGGACCGCACUAUGGAACAGAUAGUCUUUCCUGUACCAAACAUCUGUGAAUUCCUCACCCAAGAGUCCAAACUGCGUGUCUACUACACCACACAGCGGGAUGAGCAGGGCAGCAAAAUCAACGACUUCUUCCUGCGUUCUGAGGACCUCUUCAAUGAGAUGAAUUGGCAGAAGAAGCUGCGAGCCCAGCCCAUCCUUUACUGGUGCUCAAGGAACAUGUCUUUCUGGAGCAGCAUCUCCUUCAACCUGGCUGUGCUCAUGAACCUGCUGGUGGCCUUCUUCUUCCCACUGGAAGGAGCCCACAGAGGUACCCUGGAACCCCACCUGUCUGCACUGCUGUGGCUGGCCAUGCUUGUGUCUUUGGCUAUCGUCAUCAUUCUGCCUCAGCCUCAUGGGAUCCGGGCACUUAUCACAUCCACCAUCCUGCGCUUGAUCUUCUCUGUAGGCCUGGAACCCACACUGUUCUUGCUGGGAGCCUUCAAUUUAUGCAAUAAGGUGAUCUUCCUAAUGAGCUUUGUGGGGAACCGAGGAACAUUUACACGAGGCUACAUGGCAAUGAUCCUGGAUGUGGAAUUCCUCUAUCACCUCCUCUACCUAAUUAUCUGCACUCUAGGUGUAUUCGUCCACGUCUUCUUUUACAGCCUGCUUCUCUUUGAUCUGGUUUACCGAGAAGAGACUUUGCUGAACGUAAUAAAGAGUGUGACCCGCAAUGGACGCUCUAUUGUUUUGACCGCCGUGCUGGCUCUUAUCCUUGUCUACCUCUUCUCCAUUGUUGGAUACAUUUUCUUCAAGGAUGACUUCAUUUUGACUGUGGACAGGAUACCCAAUAAGACACUUGAGCAUGGACGCAGUAUUGUGGGCGAGUUAUUUGCUGGUCGAGUAUUUCAAAGAGAAAAUGUCGAGAACUGUUCAGAAGAAGUUGUAAUGGAUGCUGCUCUGCCUGUUCAGCCAUCAGCAGUGGUCAUUGAGGACAAGGAGCGAACAUGUGACUCUUUACUCAUGUGCAUCGUGACGGUGUUGAGCCACGGCCUGAGGAGUGGUGGAGGAGUCGGUGACGUCCUCCGUAAGCCAUCAAAGGAGGAGCCACUAUUUGCUGCCAGAGUGAUCUACGAUCUGCUGUUCUUCUUCAUGGUCAUCAUCAUUGUCCUCAACCUCAUCUUUGGUGUCAUUAUUGAUACGUUUGCUGACCUGAGGAGUGAAAAGCAGAAGAAAGAGGAAAUUCUGAAGACAACCUGUUUCAUUUGUGGCUUGGAGAGAGACAAGUUUGACAAUAAGACUGUUACCUUUGAAGAGCAUAUCAAAAUUGAGCACAACAUGUGGCACUACCUGUUCUUCAUUGUCCUGGUGAAGGUGAAGGAUUCAACGGAGUACACUGGCCCAGAGAGCUACGUGGCCGAAAUGAUCAGGGAGCACAAUCUGGACUGGUUUCCCCGGAUGCAGGCCAUGUCGCUGGUCAGCAGUGAUGCAGAUGGGGAACAGAAUGAGAUCAGAAAUCUUCAGGAGAAGCUGGAGUCCACCAUGAAGCUGGUUUCCAACCUGUCAGGCCAACUGACAGACCUCAAAGAACAGAUGACAGAGCAGAGGAAGCAGAAGCAACGAAUUGGGCUGCUAGGACAUCCUCAACACAUGAACAUCAACCCUCAGCAGCCUGCAUGAACUCUACCUGGAGGACUCCAUGCACAGUCUCUGAGCACUGUUUAAAGAUGUACCAUCAGUUGUCACAAGAUGUGUACCUUUGCUUCCUUUGUGUUCUGCUGAGUAAAGUUGUAAAU